AUGACUCGCCUGGCACAGGAGCAGGAGUUACGAGCCAUGUCCCUGUGAGACCUCCAGAAUUAAGAGCAAAUGCCUGGAGAAGUCCAGUUGCACGGAGCAGCGCCACAGCUCUUGUGAACCACGGGCAUUGACGCCUCUCAGACUUGCUCCUCUGGCCCGAGCACUCUGCCAGCGUUUCCUGCCCCACGAAUGGCUACUCAGAGGAAGCACUUGGUGAAAGAUUUCAAUCCUCAUAUCACCUGCUAUAUCUGUAAAGGCUAUCUCAUCAAGCCAACUACAGUAACUGAGUGCCUCCAUACCUUUUGUAAGACUUGUAUUGUUCAACACUUUGAAGACAGCAAUGACUGUCCCAGGUGUGGCAACCAAGUGCAUGAGACCAAUCCACUAGAAAUGUUAAGGCUGGAUAACACCUUAGAGGAAAUUAUAUUUAAGCUGGUGCCUGGACUUCGAGAACAGGAACUGCAGCGAGAGAUCGAGUUUUGGAAGAAAAACAAACCUCAAGAAAAUGGACAAGAUGAAAGCCCAAAAGCUGAUAAACCCAAAGUAGAUGAGGAGUGUGAUGAAAAUGAAGAAGAUAAAGACUAUCACAGGAGUGACCCACAGAUUGCUAUUUGCCUCGACUGUUUACGCAACAAUGGGCAGUCAGGAGAUAAUGUAGUCAAAGGUUUAAUGAAGAAAUUUAUCCGCUGUUCUACUCGAGUGACCGUGGGAACUAUCAAAAAGUUUCUCAGCUUAAAAUUAAAACUUCCAAGUUCUUAUGAGCUGGAUGUACUAUGCAAUGGAGAAAUCAUGGGGAAGGAUCAUACUAUGGAAUUCAUCUACAUGACGAGAUGGAGACUAAGAGGCGAAAACUUUCGGUGUCAGAACUGCUCAUCUUCGCAAGUCUGCUCACAGGAUGGCACUUUUUAUCAGUCUUACCCUAUGGUACUUCAGUAUCGACCUAGAAUUGACUUCGGUUAGACCAAAGGGCCAGAUCCCACUGAGAUGAAUCCUGCACUAUUUGUUUACCCAUCGACAGAUUGCACAAUGAAUGGAUGUGCCUGGAUUAGGGGGACACAACCAGAUUUUCAGCAUGCAAAUAAGGACAUUGUCUUUCUUAAAAUUGUCAGUUGCAUCUCUGUUGUUUCUAUUAGAGCAAGCCAAGUGCCAUUCUGCUACUGAAAUGUGCAUAAGAUAUUUGUGUAUCUUACGAGUGUGCUGCAAAUCAUAGCCAAAAUCAUCAAGUGUACAGUCAAGAUUCAAAAACUAUGGAAUAUUUUUGCUUGCGUGUUAGAAAAUUUUUCUGGUCCUAAUAUUGGUUACACUAGCAAAAUGGCAGAGUGCUCAUUCCAUGUGGUGUUGCAGUUUCACACACUUACUAUUUUACUGAAUAUUGUUGUUUAAAUCAUAGAGUACUGUACAAAUAACUAAGGAUUAUACCUUGAAAAUAUUUUGUAUAGAAAAUAUAUUUAGAAAAGUGGUGAUUGAGCCACUACCUUUUUCUUGAUAAGCUUCUCAUGGGUCCAGGUAUAGCUCACUCAUGAGUGUGCAACAGUCCUUUUGCAGUGAAUGAAGAUUAAUUACCUUUAACAAGAGAUGUAGAACAUGGUAAUUCAAAACAGUAAUUUUAAAUCUUCUAAACAGAUUCUGCUAAUAUUGCUUAAAAGCAUCGCAGCCUUUGUGAUUGCACUUUUCUGUGGUUUCCCUAAAGAUUGGAAUUUGGGAUACAAGCUAUUUUUGGAAAGUGGCUUCUGGUCAGAUUACAUUUCUUCUAGUACAGCCUCCACAAAAAGGAAGUUAAAA